UGACAAUCUGCGCAAUCCACGCCUUAAGGUCCACUAAAUCGGCUUCAUCCGCCCAUCGCCGCCCUUGAGAAUCGAGUUUCACCAGAGAGGCAGGGAUUUAUGUGGAACUGGCGCACAUUCAUCUCCCUCUUUUCUGCAUGUGCCACCCAGCGAGCACUAUCAUCCCGUUCCCCCCCCCCCCCCCCCAUGGAGGGGCUAAAGAUCUCACUGCGAUCCGUUCGUUUCCGCGAACCUUAAGGAUCGUUAAUGCGACCUCGACGUGUACCUUGGUGGGAGAGUUGACGGCCGCUCCUCUCUCCAACAGCUCCUCCACUAAGUCCAUGUGUCCCUCCUUCGCCGCCAGAUGCAGCGCGUUCAGGCCGUUCUGGAGAGGAAAACAACGUCAGGCUUUCCAGGGAACAAACGGGGCCGGAUACGUUUGUGGAGCCUGCAUGGUGUAAAGUCUUGGAGGUGUGGAGUUACACCGUGGAGCAAUGUUACAUGCAGUGGGAACAACACAAGGAUCAAAACAAAAUAUGAUAUGCACCCUAAAAUCUAAAAAAUCGGCGUCUUCUUCUGCGGGUCGGAAUCGGCUUGCCGCUGCGCCGCCGCCUUAAGGGGCACCACUGCCCCCUGGCGGCCGGUCACGUGAACUGCAACACAUGUGUCACUGAGCUUGCACAUUGGAGGUUGAUUUGCACAAGUGGUGUUCUCAUCUUUACCGUGAAAAAACUGGGUGGAUCCCGGAGGGUGACAGCCUCGUCGUGAUUGGCCGCUCCAGGAGGAGACUGCCGUGACACGCGUGGAUGCUGCACGGAAUAUCAGUUCCACAGCAUCAGCAGGCGGCGAGACCUCCAUCCUCUUCCUCCUUCUCGUGCUCCCUCUCUCUCUCCCUCUCUCUCUCUGUCUCUCUUUCCUCCUCCUUUUGCCUCUCCUCCUCUCACCGCUACCCUUGUGCUCUCUCCCUAUCCCUUUCUUCUCCUCUCCCUCGGACUGUAGCGUAGCACCAGAGCGAGGCCUGCAGAGGACACACACCAGCGGGGGGAAUAGCAGCAGCAGCAGCAGCAGCAGGCGGACUGGAUGCCUUGCUCCAGGCCUCUCCGCUAGGCCCCAGCAGCAUGGGCGCAGCCUGGGUGGGGAGAGAGAGCACGGAUCGGACCCUUCCCCUCAGGACGGGCGCGCCGGCGGGUCACCCUCCUUCGGCUUCAGAUGGGCGAGGACGCUGAGAGCACCAAAAUCAACCACACCUUCCUGCGAGACUACGUCACCGAAGCUGAUAUCAUCUCUACGGUGGAGUUCAACCAGACAGGGGACCUGCUGGCCACGGGGGAUAAAGGUGGCCGAGUGGUCAUCUUCCAGAGAGAGACUGAGUCCAAAGGGGAAUCAGAGGAGGUGGAGGAGACGGGGGACUCUGGGGAGUACAAUGUCUACAGCACAUUCCAGAGUCACGAGCCGGACUUUGACUACCUGAAGAGUCUGGAGAUUGAAGAGAAGAUCAACAAGAUCAGAUGGCUGCCCCAGCAGAACGCGGCACAUUUCCUCCUCUCCACCAACGAUAAGACCAUUAAAUUGUGGAAGGUGAGUGAGAGAGACAAGAGACCGGAGGGAUACAAUUUGAAAGAUGAGGAGGGGCGGCUCAAGGACACCUCUACCAUCACCUCUCUGCAGGUGCCAGUGCUGAAAUCCACAGAUCUGAUGGUAGAGGUCCGUCCCAGGCGAGUAUUCUCCAACGGGCACACCUACCACGUGAACUCCAUCUCAGUGAACAGCGACGGGGAGACCUACAUGUCGGCUGACGACCUCCGAAUCAACAUUUGGCACCUGGGCAUCACGGACCGCAGCUUCAACAUCGUGGACAUUAAACCAGCCAACAUGGAGGAUCUGACGGAGGUGAUAACCGCGGCGGAGUUCCACCCUCACCACUGCCACCUGUUUGUGUACAGCAGCAGCAAGGGCUCCCUGCGCCUCUGUGACAUGAGAGCUUCGGCACUCUGUGACCGGCACACCAAACUGUUUGAGGAACCCGAGGAUCCGGGGAGCCGCUCCUUCUUCUCGGAGAUCAUCUCCUCCGUGUCGGACGUCAAGUUCAGCCACAGUGGGCGUUACCUGCUGACCAGAGACUACCUCACCGCCAAGGUGUGGGACUUGAACAUGGACAAGGGCCCGGUGGAGACGUACCAGGUCCAUGAAUACCUGAGGAGUAAGCUGUGUUCGCUCUAUGAAAACGACUGCAUCUUUGACAAGUUUGAGUGUGUUUGGAACAGCUCCGACAGCGUGAUCAUGACGGGGGCGUACAACAGCUUCUUCCGGAUGUUCGACAGGGAGACGGGCCGAGGCGUGACCCUGGAGGCCUGGCGAGAGAGCAGCAAGCCCCGGGCCGUGCUGCGGACCCGCCGCGUGUACAACGGUGGCAAGCGGCGCCGCGGGGAUGUGGGCGUCGACAGCCUGGACUUCACCAAGAAGAUCCUGCACAUGGCUUGGCACCCGUCUGAGAACAUCAUUGCCAUAGCGGCCACCAACAACCUGUACAUCUUCCAGGAUCGCGUCAACCCGGAAACCCAGUUACAGUGACAAGGACCACCAACCGCGACACAACAUUUAUUUAUUAGGAUGUCUUCGAGGCGGCGUGUGGAGCGAGCGGACGUCACGAGGAGAUUUAGCCGAGGACCGAGCGGUUUCGCAACAUGCUGACAUCCGCUUUUUGUUGGUAAAAGAUUGGAUGAAUGAUCAAAUCACAAGUGUGGUAAUAUAUUCAAACCCCUACGGUGGGUGGGGAGUCGUUUUUCUCCCACUCAACACUGAGAUGAACUGACACCUCCUAUACCCAUCAGGGCAUGUUCUCUUUUGGCCCCACGCUACUCCCCACUUUUUCAAGACGUUUGUGUAGCUGCUCCACCCUAUAGGGGGCGGUAGAAGAGGUGCAGGGACACCUCUCCCUGGCAAUGACUCAGUGCUGUUGACCACACAAUGUUGCACUCCUCACUGAUGCGCUGUGGUAAAGAUAAUCGUUUGGUAGCGACGGACACAACGUUAAUAGGUCCAAAUGACUUUGCCAGACAGUGCAUCUAAAUCUUAGCCUUUUUCUUCUUCUUCUCACUGUCGUGGAAUCGGAGCGGUAUUACCGUACAGCUCUUCACAACAUCAUCCUAAACCUUUCUCUCUCUCUCUCCGAGCAGUGCUCUUGGAGAUGUCUCGUUUAGAUGCCCCCUAAACUCGGCCCUAUUCCCUUCGCAAUAAUGGCACUAAUGAAAACACAGUGCAGCAGUAUUCUUGCUUUUAAAAGAUGAGCUCUUCUUCUACAGGUAUACACUCUUUUUACUGUUAGCUGAAAAUAUUCUGUGUUGUCUCUUUUUUUAUUUAUUUUUUUAUUUUUUAUUUAUUGUAAAGGCGGUACCAAUUCUGGUUCCAGAGAGCUAAAGGACGGAAGAGGACUACACUGCAGAUCGUAAUGAUUGUGAUAUUGGCAUUAUAUUUUAGUCGAGGACAUGAUUGCCGAGCUUUUUCUUGAAGCAAGAGAUAGAUCCGUAUUGUUAACUGAUACUUACAGUUUUCUUGUGUAUAUUGGGCCCUUUUGGGUUUUAAUUGGAGUAAUUUCCUUGUCUGAACUCUACAUACCUACGUGUUAAAGUAUUGAAAAUGAGAGCGAGUUAAUGUCUCUCGUACACGCAAAUUGAGGCUGAUUGGUAUACAAAUCUAACACAGACAUAGGUUUGAUUUAUGUUAAGUGGUAUGCAAAUUGAAAAUGAGCUGCUUUGCUUCUGCAAUGCGUAAAGCACAUGUUGAAGAAGUAUCUCACAAUCAAGAAAAAAGACAGACUCCAAAACACAUAAACGAGGCUCCUGAUUGAGCCGAUCCGAGUGUAGAUGAGUGAACUUGUGUCCGGUGUAAUUGUAUGACCGAGGUUGUCAUCUGUGCAAUAGCUCAUUGUGUACAUUGCUGAAAUGUCUUUAUCAUGCAAACAAUAGUCAAAUAGAUUCAUCAUAUCACAGGUUCGUGCCGUCAUCACACCGUAUACCUCACAGUGCCACAUGCUACUCUGGAGCUGAACAGCCCAGGAUGUACAGCAGCAGUAGGGUCGAUGUUCGUGUUGGGCUGACUUCUGUGACUCGGUCAGGAUUUGAUUGUUUACAGUGAAGUGCUUUGUUUUCAAGUGACCUUGGCCCUGAUGGGAUAAUCGUAAGUGGUCUGGAUGGGAAACUGGAGCAGGUGGAGUAACAGAAUCAGUGCAGAGGUGGAGGCUGCACCUUUAAAAAAAAUUAAAUAAAAGAAAUCGGUGCAAGCACUCUGUGUGAUGGAUCAACAUCAGUUUCACUGUGUCAACAUUAAAAAGGGACAGUUCACCCAAUAAUAAUAAAAAUAUAUUGACGUACA